GGAGGAGGAGGACCGAGGACAAACCACAGAUGUGAGCCAGUUUGUUGAAACAUGCGUGGUUGAUGACAGCAGCACUAAAUCCACCAUGGUAGGUACAUGGUAGGACCCCCGAGAUCUGGUCUAACACUGCCCGGGAAUGAAUGGAGUUCACACGUGGUGAUUGGGACUAUCUGAAGAAGCAGUGUGGGAAGAUUUCGGAAGAUUAAGCCGCUCCUGCUCUCUCUCACCCUCUCCCUCCCUCCCUCCACCUCCACCUCCACCAAACUCUGUGGCACAGCCGGGAGACACUUUCUUCAGCUGUUUGUUUGAAUCCAGAUUGUCGCUUUUUCUUUUUCCUCCCCCGUUUAUACACUCGACAGUUGCUGAUAUAAAUGAUGAAGUUUAAGCCCAACCAGACCAGGACGUACGACGGGGAAGGGUUCAAGAGAAGAGCGGCGUGUUUGUGCUUCAAAAACGAAACCGAGGAGGAGGUGCUGCUGGUGAGCAGCAGUCGACAUCCAGACCAAUGGAUCGUGCCAGGAGGAGGAAUGGAGCCUGACGAGGAGCCCUGUGGAGCCGCCGUCAGGGAGGUGUAUGAAGAGGCUGGUGUGAAGGGAAAGCUUGGCAGACUACUAGGUAUUUUUGAGCACAAUCAAGACAGAAAGCACCGGACGUACGUCUAUACCCUCAUAGUGACGGAGACACUGGAAGACUGGGAGGACUCUGUCAACAUUGGGAGGAAGAGGAUGUGGUUCAAAGUUGACGAAGCCAUCAGGGUCCUGCAGAGCCACAAGCCUGUCCACGCAGAGUACCUACGCAGACUCACAAACACCUGUAACCCCACCUGCGGUCCUGUGUGCAGCCCGACUAAUAACGGCAACACCCCAAGCUCCCAAGUGAUGGACAACAACACACCUCACUAUGUUGUUUACUCCACACAGGGCUCAGAUCUAGUCAACAGAUAGGGACCGCAACCCCCCCCCGCAGCAAGCAGGACACCAGGACGGACAUAUCAUGUGCAAAAAGACUUCUGCAUUGAUUUGCAUUACUAACGCAGCCUCUUAAUAUGUACAGUAUGGGAUUUUGAAAGCGAUUUCGAGUGGGCUUGAAGAGUUGCUAAAAUGUUUUCCACGUAUAUAUUUAUGAUUUUUUUUUUUUUAAGGAUAUUUUUUAACAACCAUCACCAGCUAAUAGAGCAAAUGUGUUCAUGUAAAGUGUUAAGCUUUAGGUGGGUUUUUGUCAAUGUGCUACUUAUGCAAUGUAAAGGUCCGUUUUAGCCCUACGUGCUGAAUAUUUGCCUUGCAUUGCACCAAGUGUCUGGGUGGUUUCCUGGAGGCCAGUACUGGGAAGUGUUUGCUCUUAGAGGAAGUCAUAUCCCCACAGUGACUCAGUGCCAAAUAAUGCCCUUUUGUGAAUUGUUAGGGCACUUUUUGGGAGUAAAGCUACUGUCACUUCACUACAGCUCAGAUUUGGUGAGGUAUUUUGCCUAAAGAGAGCUGAGGGCAAAGUCUGCUUUGAUGCAACGAGUGCGAACAACAUUUCUCCUCCUGUAAUUACGACCUUAAAGGUACAUACAGUAUCAUCUCUAAUCACUAGCAACAGUGUAACACUGUAAUAAAGCCUAGGUGACACUGAAAUGGAGACUUAAAUACUCCUUCCUCAAACAUUGUUUUAUUUGUACAUAUAUUUAAUGUUGUCCGGCUGAGUAAAUUACAGUAUAUUGGCACAGUUAGAUAAAUAUCAGCGUUCUUAUAGUGGAACAGAACUGCAUAAUAAUAACAAUUGCGAUAGUGCCAAAGAAAGACAUUAUUCAGCACUACAAGAAGAACCAUAUUAAGUGCAUUUGACAAAGUCCUUUUUUAAUGUCCAAGGCUACAAUAAGGAGGUUUUAGAUUACAGUGUGUUUUAUUCAGAGACCUCGAAGUGCCUUCACAAACACAUUAGUAAAUUGUGUUUAUCUUCUGGACACUGCACCUGCAGUACAAUCUGCCUUACACACACAAAACCAGCCCUUUGUUUUACUCAGCUGUGGUAAGAUUAGAACAAUGUUACAGUUAAAUGUACAUUAUUUAGUAUUGAUUAAAUUUAUUUAUUUAUGUUUCAUGGAGGGGAUUCCCCCCCCGUCCCUCCUCCCAUCAUAAACCGGAAACUAUGACAGGAAGUCAUGGUCAGUGUGCAGGCCUGACUUUUUUUUUGUAGAGAGCAGAAAGUGCAAAUGAUGUGAUAAAUUCAGUUUAUUGAUCAUUGGUUCUUGGCAAAAAAAACAAAAACGGAUUAACCCUUAUUAUUAUUAUUAUUAUUUUUUUUUUUUUUCUAUUUCUGCAUGUGUGACUGUAAUAGUCUGCUGUGCACCAUCAUGUUUGUAUAUAAAAACCGCAAAAUAAAAAAACAAAAACAGUU